AUGUCUAGAAUUGAAAGCGACGCCUUUGGCGAGAUCUCUGUCGCCAGUGACAAGUACUGGGGCGCCCAGUCACAAAGAUCCUUGGGCAACUUCGACAUUGGCGAAAUCAGAAUGCCAGUUCCCAUCAUCAAAGCGUUCGGAAUCUUGAAGCAGGCUGCGGCUGCUGUCAACGAGGAGUUUGGACUUUUAGACCCUAAGCUUGCCUCUGCCAUCAAACAGGCUGCCUCUGAAGUCGCUGCAGGCAAGCUCAACGAACACUUCCCAUUGGUGGUGUACCAAACCGGUUCUGGCACCCAGUCCAACAUGAAUGCCAACGAGGUCAUCUCCAACAGGGCCAUUGAGAUCCUAGGCGGAGAAAUGGGCUCCAAGAAGCCUGUGCACCCAAACGACCACUGCAACAUGUCCCAGUCCUCCAACGACACAUUCCCUACUGUGAUGCAUAUUGCAGCUGUGGUGGAAAUCUCCAACCAAUUAUUGCCAAAACUCAGAGAUCUUCGUGACGCCUUCCAGGCCAAGUCUGACGAGUUCAAGGAUAUCAUCAAGAUUGGCAGAACCCACUUGCAAGACGCAACCCCCUUGACUUUGGGCCAGGAAUUCUCCGGAUACGUCCAACAAUUGACUUUUGGGAUCGCCAGAAUCGAAGAGACCUUGCCCAGAUUGGCCCUUUUGGCCCAGGGUGGUACUGCUGUGGGUACUGGCUUGAACACAAAGAAGGGUUUCGAUGUCAAGGUUGCAGCCAAGGUUGCUGAACUCACUGGAUUGUCGUUCGAAACUGCUCCCAACAAGUUCGAGGCUUUGGCAGCCCAUGAUGCUUUCGUCGAGGCUUCGGGUGCCUUGAACACCUUGGCCACCUCCUUGUUCAAGAUCGCAAACGAUAUCAGAUACUUAGGUUCCGGCCCAAGAUGUGGUUACGGUGAAUUGUCUUUGCCAGAAAAUGAACCAGGUUCGUCCAUCAUGCCUGGUAAGGUCAACCCUACCCAGUGUGAAGCCAUGACUAUGGUAUGUGCCCAAGUCAUGGGUAACCACACCACCAUCACCUUUUCAGGGGCUUCGGGCCAAUUCGAGUUGAAUGUGUUCAAACCAGUUAUGGCCUACAAUUUGUUGACCUCCAUCAGAUUGCUUGGAGAUGCUUGUAAGUCGUUCAGAAUCAACUGUGUGGAAGGGAUCGUUGCCAACGAAGACAAGAUUGCCAAGGUGUUGCACGAGUCCUUGAUGUUAGUUACUGCCUUGAACCCAAAAAUUGGGUAUGACAAUGCCUCCAAGGUGGCCAAGAAUGCCCACAAGAAGGGCUUGACCUUGAAGCAGUCUGCCUUGGAAUUGGGAAUUUUGACUGAAGAGGAGUUUGAUGAAUGGGUCAGACCAGAAAAGAUGAUUGGACCAAAGGACUAG